AGAUUUGGUUUGCACAAUAGUCAUUUUUUUGGACCACGUGCUUAAUUGACAACUGUAGCAUUAGGAAUACAAGCAUGUAUUCUUGAUACUGUCAUGACCUGCACACAUGUUGAGAUGAAGUGAUCUUGGUGCCUAUAAUAUCCCCCGCCUAGGCAGAAUGCUGUGGAUUUAAGUAGACCCCCAGUCGCUAUUCAAUAAAGGCAGCGGAUGCCACCCGUACGCUAUUCAUUGAAGGCAGCGAGUGUCGACGUGCCUACUGCAGACUUGACCCCUCCUGCAGCAAACUGUGACUGCCCUAACCUGCUGCUCCACCAAUCUGCUAGAUGUGUGUGUGUGCUACUGUUCACAACACGGAGUGCAUGCGGGAAGCUUAUUACAUCUGUUGCCAGUGCACGGACGACUGACUUAAUUCUUGCACAGAACUCACAUUAGGCAUCCCGGUGUUCUAUGAAAUUCCCCUACCUCGUGAAAAUCCCCUACCCUCGUCACUUCAUGUGAGGGGAAUCAGCUGGAUCCUGUGCUGCACAUGUGUGCUAGCACUCCUGCUUCUCCUCCACAGCACGGUCCUGGAAGGUAAGUAAAACUACUUUUACACUUUUUUUAUUAUAAUUAGUGCAUUCACAAAGCUUAGGACAUGGGACAUUUAGGGUUAAGCGAGGGUUCAAAUUAGUGUUAUUUUAACCUCUCUCACACGCUAUUCUUACCCUAACCCUUGGGGUAAGGGUUAAAAUAAAGUGUGAAAAAACACAAUUUAGUGUUAUUCCCCUAAUGUGAAAUAUCACUAAAUAAAAACAAGUCCCUUAUCCUAACCCUAAUUUGAACCCUAACAUUAACCCUAAAUGUCCCAUGUCCUAAGCUUUGUGAAUGCACAAUGAAAGUGUAAAACUAGUUUUACUUACCUUCCAGGACCGUGCUGUGGAGGAGUAGCAGGAGUGCUAGCAUGCAUGUGCAGCACAGGAUCCAGCUGAUUCCUCUCACCGGAAGUGAGGAGGGUAGGGAAAUUUGAUAGAACAGAGUUCCAGUCCACCCAAGUCACAUGUGCUGGUGGUACAACUGGCACCCAGCACAAAAGUGGGUGUGUCUCUGGAUGUCCAGUGUUUCAAGCAGAUACACAGCACACAUCGAUUCCUACCACCAUGACCAUUUCUGAAAGCAGAAGUGGUCAUGGUGGUUGGAUUAACUCUUUGAAUCAAGGCCUUUAUUUGUAAUUUUCUGCUAAUUUACUUUUGCAAUUUCUUGUUUUAUUCAAAUUGACUUUUUCAUACAACUUCCUCUCUGUAUACUAGGUGCUUGUAUUUUCUAACAAUAAAGGAUUUCUGUUUAGAGAAGUGUUUCAUCAUCUAGGUUCUUGCUGAGUAACAGUUGAUGGAUUUUCAGUUGUAUUUUUGUGUCUCUCAUUUAGGUCCGUGUUGCAGCAAAGUUUAUAAUCCAUGCGCCACCAGGAGAAUUCAAUGAAGUUUUUAACGGUGAGUAAUCUUCUUUUCUGCAUGUGCCUCACACCACUCAUUAAUUGCUAUUUAAACAGAACUGUUAGCAUUCAAUCAACAGUUUAUAAACUGCUAAAAUAACACAGGUUUAUUACUAGGAAUUGUAAAGGGCUAUUAGUUAUGUGUAUAGAAACUGAAUAGAAUACAUUGGCUAACUGGCCACAAUAGUUUCACAUUUUUCUUUACUCCUCUCUCCUGUACAUUUUAAGAUUCUAUUUACAUUUAACAAGACACUUGUAAAUAUGAAAAUAAAGGUUGUUUUGUAAAAAACUUUUUAUUUAUUGGUAUGUAAAUAAAAGUGGGUGAAAAUUCCUUGUCAGUCAUUACUAGGGUUUUGGAGCCAGUACAUAAAACCUUCGACUCAAUGUAUGGUACUUCCGACUCCCAAUAUUAUGUGUAGUAUUACAGUUACCGUAUUAUCGCCAAAACUAGGGUCUGACUUAUACGACAAACAUAAAGUUAUUGAUAUAAGGCCUUGUUCUAAGGCAGGGGUUCUCAACCCAGUCCUCUGGACCCCCUACCAGUCCAGGAUUUGGGGAUUACCUGGGUGUGUCUAAGGUGUUUAGAAAAAGGGGGAAAAAAACACCUUAGACUCUAAGGUGUUUUUUUUUUCUUUUUCUAAACACCUUAGACACACCCAGGUAAUCCCGAAACCCUGGACUGGUAGGGGGUCCUGGGGACUAACGUUGAGAACCCCUGUUCUAAGGUUUUAUUAUUAUACUCAAUGCUUUCACCCAUCCCAUACCUUUUCAUCAUUUCCAACUUCUUUAAUAAAGAAAAACAUUUCUGGAGUGCUUACUAUUAUUGCAUUCAUUCGAUUUAGUAUGCUUAAGACUAGGGACUAAUGAAAGUAUUUAUUUAGAAAAUUGGGCAGACUAGAUGGGCCGAAUGGUUCUUAUCUGCGGUCACAUUCUAUGUUUCUUAUGAGUAAUUAUUUACUCUUUAUGCACACAUUUUGAAAGAACUAGCAGAUGGCAUUGCAGCUUAUGGUAUAUAAUUCAUAUAUAAACAGAGCUGACUGCAGUAAAACAUUCACGCCAUCUAUCUGCAAGAAAUGGAAACUGCAUCCCAAUGGUUUUUUUUGGUUUAUGUUUACUGUCUGACCAUCAUUAGACACACUAUGGUCACCAAAACAACUUUAGCUUUUUGAAGCAGUUUUGUUGUAUAGAUCAUUUCCCUGCAGUGUCACUGCUCAAUUCUCUGGCAUUUAGGAGUUAAAUCACUUUGUUUAUGCACCCUAGUCACACCUUUCUGCAUGUAACUUGCACAGCCUUCCUAAACACUUCCUGUAAAGAGUCAGCUAAAGUUUAUACUUGCUUCAUUGCAAAUUCUAUUUCAUUUAAUAUGUAUUAUCCCCUACACUGUUGAUAGCUUGCUAGACCCCACAAAAGUCUCCUGUGUAUGAUUAAAGUUCACUUUAGAGAGCAGCCAAUAAGAACUUUUUAAAGUAAGUUACAUCUAAUUGAAACCAUUUUUUCUUUCAUGCAUGGAGUGAGUGUCACGGCCAGGGAAGGUGUGGCUAGGGCUGCAAGGACAGAAAUAAAAGGGAUUUAACUUCUAAAUGGCAGUGAAUUGAGCAAUGCGACUGCAGGAUUAUGAUCUAUACACCAAAACUGCUUUAUUAAGCUAAAGUUGUUUUGGUGACUUUAGUGUCUCUUUAAUAUUAAUAAUUAAUCGUACAAUAAAACAGAAUACAGUAAGUAAAACAAUAUAUAUAAUUUUAUUAUGAAGCAGGACUAUUUGACCACUAUUGCCUGUCUGCAUGCCUAGCCUUGGCGCAAAAGUUGCACGCUAUUUUGGGGGCCGACUUAAACGGCGAAUAUAUGCUUAAACCUACAAUACAACUUUAAUUUGGGGGGGGAGGUUUGACUUAAACAGCAUUUCAACUUAUGCAGAUACUGUUACUGUUGCACCUGCUCAGCCUUUCCUGAUAUAAAGAGAUGGAUGAUUUAUGUGGGGGAAGCUCUUGCCAUCCAUGGACAGGUUUACCGAUCCAGUAAAAAGUGCAAGAUCAGGGAGUACCUGUGAUGCUGCAGGUGUCAGUGAAACUGGAACUUUGUUACAAGAGAGAGACCUUUUUAAAAGGGGGGAAAAACACAGCCCUAGUGUGAUCCCUUGUCAGAUUAAUUUAAAAUGACUAACUUGAGUUUUAUCUCUUAUUCAGAUGUUCGGUUCCUGCUAAACAAUGACAACUUACUCAGGGAAGGUGCUGCCCAGUAAGUGUGAGCUAUUUCCUUCACUUGUUCUAAUUUAAAACAUUACAUAUCUGAAGAAAAACAGUGCUAUUUAAAACUGAAUUUAAAGGGAGACUGUAGCCAAUAGAACCUUUUCAUCUCAUUGAAUUGGUUAUAGUGGCUGGGGUCCUCUGACGCUCUCAGUUUAUUCAGUGUUAAAACCAUUUUCUUAAAACUACUUGAGAUAUGGCUAAGGCAGACAUGGGUCUGUGUAUGAUUCAUCACAGGAAUGUGUGUUUUGAUUUGCAUCUUUAAAGCGGUUUGUGGUUGGCUACUUAUGUUUUGGAAGUACAGAAGAAGGAAAUGGCAUUUAAGAAAAUUAGAAUGCAAUGCUAACACCAUAAAAUAAAAAUUAUUUGCCAAGGUCAUGUAUUGGCAGAAAGCUGUCUGCACAAAUCUCUCCAUCUAGUGACUAAAUGUCUGAAACUUUUUUUUUUUUUUAUCUUUACUAUAAGUAAUCAAAAUAACUUGGACAACUCAUGUUGCAAUCUAGGAAUAUAAUAUUCUAUAAUAAAUUGUUAAUCCUUUGUCCAACUUGUUCAUUUUCUCUUUGUUUGCAAUUGUAGUGCAUUUGCACAGUACAACUUGGAUCAGUUCACUCCUGUCAAAAUUGAUGGCUAUGACGAUCAGGUAUGAACACUGUUUGAGUCUUGUAUCUUAGAUUGUGCUUCAUUAAUUUAAGAUGCAUUUUACCAGCACCUAAACUGACAUUUGUCCAAAAGGGCUUUAUGGCAUAUUCAGAUUCAGCACUAAAUGAAGUAAAUGCAUAUGGUGAGGAUUUUAUAGUAUGUACAUGCUUUGUGAUUAUAGGAGGGUAUUUAAGCUGCAUGUUUAAAUCGUGUAUAUUCCUGUUGGUCCUUUCGUGGCCAUUCACUAUCUUACUGUAUGCACAUCUGUGAUUUUAUUGAGGCAAGUUUGUUUAAAAAAAAAAGAUUCUCUUUCUAAUGACUGUGAAAGCUUGGAUCUAGUAGAUGAAAUAUAUUUCUAUACUUUUUUAUUUCAUGUUUAUUUUUACGUACAAUGCCUAUUUCCCUGUACACUCCACUUUUUUCUUUCCCAUCCCAAAGGCUUUGAAAUUGGGUUAAUAAAAUAUCAAAUGGGGAAUUUGGAUUUUUAGGCUUCUCAAAGUACCUAUCCCUCUCCCACUUGCAAGUAUAUGCAGCAGGAUUGAUAACUUUCUGACUCUUGUACCAUUGAGCUAGUAUGUCACUGCCGAAUCAGAUAUUUGCUUUUCACUGGACCCAGGUAACAAGCUCUGGCAAGUUCAAAGAGCCCAACACCAACCAUCAGUCAUGUCACUUUUUAAACUUGCAUGGGCUCGCUCCCAGGAAUCAGCAUGUGCAAGUUGGUUCACAUCAGCCCAUUGUAGUAUAAUUCCUGGCUGCCGGUAUGACAGGGUUACUAUGGAUUACUUUUUUAAAGCCCUGUUCAGAUGUCUCAGAGUUAUUGGACUACUCAUUCCCACGUGUUGGCAAAGAAAGAUAGAUACUCUAUUUAGUGGCUCUACUCUUAGGUGGAGCUGUAGUAUAGCUAUAUUGGAGGAGGAAGUUGCACAUUUGCGUUAAAGGACAUAUUCCAAGGUACACUAUAAAACAUCUAUUCUCAUUCUGUUUGUGUUUUAUUGUAGGUAUUAAUAACAGAACAUGGUGAUCUUGGUAAUGGGAGAUUCUUGGACCCGAAAAAUAGGAUUUCUUUCAAAUUUGAUCACUUAAGAAAGGAAGCGAGUGAUACGCGGCCCUAUGAAGGAGAAAAUGCAAUUGAAUCUUGGAGAAACACUGUAGAUGCUGCCACAAGAUCCUAUGUUAAAGACCAUUACCCUAAUGGGGUUUGCACUGUAAGUUUCACAAUAAUAUGCUCACAAAUAAAUAUAUAUAUUAUUUUUUAUUUAUUUUUUCCUCUUAUUAGGCAUGAGUUAUUGUUGAAUUUACAAUGAGACCGCAUCCCCUUCUGCCCUUGUUAUACUGCUCAGUACACACCAGCAAGACCUAAUUAUCAGUAAUCUACUCCAGUUUGCCUGAGGAAAAUUUAGUGUCUAUAUGACUGGUUCUCAUGCCACAUACAUGUUGAAUUCAGGGCUAGAGCCGCGCGCACAUUCGAACAGUACAUAGGAAAUGCUUUCCUAUGGACGUUCUACACGCUGAAUGCGAAUUUCGCAUGCAGCGUCACAGAAGCGCCUCUAGCGCUGCUAUGUUUACAUCUGAAGAGUUAAAACCUGGGGAACCUGGCACCCAGACCGCUUCAUUGAGCUGAAGUGGUCUGGGUGACUAUAGUGUCCCUUUAAACAACCAGGAAGUAAUGACAUCCAAGGAGUAUACCAAGUUUAAUUUAUAAAAGUGCCAGUUUCUACCGAAAUCUGCACAGUUUUUAAAACGAAAUAAGGAAGCUAAAGUGUUUUAGUUGUUUGCAGUGUUAAUAUAAUAAGCAUGAGCAUAUCCUAUUAUUUGAAUUAUUCCUUUUAAUCGUUACCCAGUAAUUUCCAAAAUCAAUUAAUGAACUGGUUCAUAUGAUCUUUUUCAACUAUAGGCAAUUUUAUUUUCUUCUCAAGCCACUAACUGAUUUCAUAUAUGGACCACAAAUUGUAAUUUUUCAUAGUUUGACUAUGCCUUGCAAAAUAUGCUUCACAUAAAAUGGAAGAUGUUUCUCUGAGCUAUAUCUCUGUCACACUAACGAGUAUUGUGAUUGUUGAACUUUAGAAAAUGCCUAGGAUGGAGUUUGAUAGAGCAAUCUGAAUGUCACCCUCAUGAAUUUAGAAAGGUCAAGCUUCAGUUGUAAUGCAGUGUAUGAUAACUGUAAGGAAUGUUUUGUCACUCACUGUUAAAUUGUGCACUUGAUUCACCUCAUAUGCCAACACUUCAAAAUAAUGUUUUGGUUAGAGGAACAUUCAAAACAUCAGAACCACCAAAGCUUGCUGUAGUCAAACUAUUUAGAAUGGUUUGACUUUGUGCCUGUGGUCUGCUGGGUGUUGCCCUCAUCCUUUUCUUAGCACUGGAACCAGGUCAUGGCUGAGAAUGUCCUCUGUAAGCUGCGGCCUGCGCCUUAGCUCAGGAUAGAAAGCUCCCCUGUAGCUGUGAUGAAAGCAGGGAGCGAUGACUGCAAACUCAAGUAAAAGGUCAAUCUGUUUUAAACUGUUUGACUACUUACUGUUGGGGAGCUCUAGGUCACUACAUGCACCAUAACCUCUACAAUGCUCUGUAGUGGUUAUAGUACUUUGAGUGUGGUGUUUUUUUUUUUUUGUUUUUUUUAAGCUUCUAAUUUUUCAUCUCUCAGCAUUUAUUAUGUUAUUAAAUGUAGUAUUUAUAAACCUUCAAUAUACGCUGCACUACGUGUUUUGUUCACGUUCCUUAUAGUUUUAUAAAACUGAGUUAGAGAGUGGUGAAUUAUUAUGCUGUAGUAAGGUGGAGAAUAGGGUGUCUAAAUCCAAAUCUAAAUAAAAUCUUUAUGAAAACUUCAAUUGCAUUGAGAUUUGACUCAAACUCCAAAGCAACAAAAGACAUUGUAAGACCAAUUAAGAGAGCUACAGGAAGUUGUUAUGGAUUAACCCACUCAAAAAAAUACCUUUCCCAAUUUGUGGUUGGCCUUAUGUGGUUAACAUUGGAGUAACAUUAUUGGUGAUGACACUUUUUUUUUAAUUUACAUAUUUUAAAAUGUUAUGUCCAAUUAUCGCCCUGUUGUAGAACAACAUAUAUAGGAAAUGGCAAGGAUUUCCUGCAAAUCUACCCCUGUGAAAGAUGAACAUGAUUUCUGUUAAUAGAAAAAUGAGCAAGUGAUGUUUAAGCAAAGUGUUGUGCCUUAAAGACCCAAAAAGUUUGAUGUUCUCUAGAGAACUCGCAUGAAAACCACUUCAUGCAGUUGUUAAAACAAACUCUCAUGUCCAAUUGUAGAUUUGAGAGUUAGUCAGGAUUCUAAAUUAAUGUUCUAUAUUUAAACAAGUAUUUUCGCUUUUGUCAAGGUGUACGGCAAAACAAUUGAUGGACAGCAAACCAUAAUCGCUUGCAUAGAGAGUCAUCAGUUUCAAGCAAAGAAUUUCUGGUAAGUAUAAAAACUAUAAACUGUGCCAAAAAUUCUUCAACAAUGAGAGCACAUGCAUGCCUUUCAGACUUUUUAAAGUGGUUUGUUGCGGUUUAUAAGUAGAUUUGUCAUGCAGAAGGUUGUAGUAAUAUUCUAAACCCUAAUAAAGGGUGAUAUUGGGCACCAUAAUUACUACAUACUGAUUUAGUGGUUAUGGUGCCAUUAGGCUGUGUGUGCUGUCCCAAGUUCUUUGUCAAUCCAUGUUCGAAUAGAAUUUCAGCUUGAGCAGUUCUGCUAAACAGGGGCUGUCGUCACCACGAAGGUAUUUAUGGCAUAUCACUAUAGUCCUCAGAACCAAUACAGCUUAAUGUAGCGGUUCUGGUGUCUACAGCAUGUCUCUGUGGUGUUAGCAUUGCUGGUUAGUAACACCUCUAGUGGCAGUCACUCAGCCAGCCACUAGGGGUGCUUCCUAGUGAGUAGCACUGGCGUUCAGCGUCUCCACAUUCUGCAUGGAGACACCAAAACAUUCCCUGUACAGAUGCAUUGAUUCAAUUGCCACGCUAGCGCAAUAGCCUCACAGUGCUUUCCUAUGGGAUGUGAAAUGAAGGGUGCAGAAAAUUUGAAGGUAGUAUCAAAUGAAUACACUGUGCAUUAAACGAUUUUCCAAUGGUAUGGCACAUCAGGGUUCCUUGGGCACCUGUUCCCUUGCUGUCCAGUGUCAAUUUUGCCCAUGUUUGGAUGGGAUUGAUUGAUUAUCUUGGCUGACGCACUGAGCCAGUGUUUGGGCGAAAUUGAUUAGUAGAUAUGCUUUAAAAGUGCAAAACAGACAGGCUUCCAUAGUGUUAUGUCUUUAUUAUAUGCAAUGGAAAAAAGAAUUAAAAAGCAGUCUGGCAAAUUGUGGGUGGAAGCCACCCACAGAGGAGGACUUGUGGUGGUACUUGGUGGCCAAAGCAGGAAGUUAGUAUACAUGGAGUACAAGGCUCUUUACGGCAGGUCUUUCAUAACAUUUAUUAAAAUAAAACAUUGAACUUUCUCUAUUGGCCUAUUUCUAUUGUCUAUUUCUAUUAACCAGACACAAUGCACAGGGUACCUUUUUAAUUAUCUUUUUCCUUAUUAGGAGGUGGUAGGAAUGCACAGUUCUAGUAUUUUUGCAUGUUGUAGUAAUAACCGAGUAGUGAACCUCUAUCUUAAUUGUUAAGGUACUGGAGAUUACCCUUUUUUUAAAUUUUAAGUGCUAUUAUUUAAGUUGUUGCUGUUACAUUGAUUGCAUUUAAUUUAUUCUCCAGGAAUGGACGUUGGAGGUCAGAAUGGAAGUUUACAAUCACACCAUCAACUACAAAAGUGGUUGGCAUUUUAAAAAUUCAGGUAAUGAAAACUAUUUUACUACAAUUUCUUUGGAAUUCCUUAUUUAAAGGGACACUAUCAUCCCCAGAACAGCUACAGGCUGUUUGCAGUAAACACUGUCUUUUCAGAGAAAAGGCAGUGUUAACAUUACAGCUUAGGGGCUCCUCCAGUGGCUUCCUUGGGCAGUGCUGCUUUCUGGGGCAGUGCUGUCAAUCAGUGUCUCCACCCUCUGCGUGGAGAUGCUAAACUUUGCUUAUAGAGAUGCAUUGAUUCAAUACAUCUCUAUGCAGAGAUGCUGAUUGGCUAAGGUGGUUGGUUCCACCCCCAGCUUGCUUCCUUGUUUGAGAUAAUCAGAAUUGACAAUCUCAGAGAUCAUUGCUUCUGAUUAUGUCAGCCACAGAGGCAUAUCCAGGGCACAGCCAGCACCAGCAGACUGGGAUAAAGGUAAAAUUUUACUAUAGUGUCAGGGAUACAUGUUUGUGUUCAUGACCCUAUAUUGUUACUUUAACUAUCUUAACCAAUUCUGGGUCAUAGCACAUGUGCUCUAGUAUUUAAUGUUUUUUUUCCUACAACUUUUCUACCUUAUUAGUAUUAUGAGGUUGAUAAUAGCUGAUGAUCCAAAAUCUGUCGGUUAACAUUGUGUGUGUUUAUAGAAAUAUUACCGAAAACUGUUUACAAAAUAUUGAAGUAAGGUGAACAGAAUAAAAUAUAAAUAUGUCGGUCCAAAAAAUGUUUGGUUCACAAAACAUUUGUUUUGACAACAGAAAUCAUAUGACUGAAAAUGUGUUUUUGUUUUAUUUUUUUAUGGGGAUGAUAUUGAAUAUAGCGGUCUUUAAAAAAUCUGCAAUAUAUUUCACGUCAAGUAAUAAUAGAUUGUAUUAAUAGGUCCAUUAUUAUGAAGAUGGUAACGUGCAACUUGUGAGCCAUAAAGACGUAGAAGAGUCAUUAACAGUGUCUGUAAGUACAUCUGGAUCUGCUAGAGUUGAAGUGGUUGUUUUGAUCUUUCUCUCUGUGUUGUAUUGUGUGUUUGUAUGUGCUAGUAAGUAACCUCAAAGCUGACUGCAUAGAGAAAGUAUAUAGUUGGAGACUGCACCUUACUCUGCAAUAUAGAGUUAAGUUUAACAUUUUUGUAUCCGAUCGAAACAGAAGUUUUAAAUGUGUGUUUUUCCCCUUUAAAAGCAGCACUGCCCCCCAUGAAUUCUGCAAAGUCCUUGGAUGGUGACAGUGCUGCUUUAAAUGGUUUACUUAGCAUAAUUCUAAUGUAAGUAAACAAUGUAAAAUACAGAGCUUUCUUUGAAGCGUUGACACUGCUUUCUUCAACCCAUUAGUUUAAUUACACGUGGGAUCAUGUGGAAUUACUGUGUGGUUUGACUAAAGCCCCUUUUUCUUGAGAUACAUGACUACGUAGCCUUGUACGAUUAUAAAGUGUGCCUUUUUUAGUGUGUGUGUGUUUAUUAAAAUGUACAAGGGAGCAACACCAUUAUGCAAUUUAUUUAUUUUUAAUUUGUUUAAUUUUUUUUUUUUAAUUCCAUCUAAUCCCUUUUUCAUUUUAGAAUGAAGUCCAGACUGCUAAAGAAUUCAUUAAGAUCAUAGAGGAUGCAGAAAAUGAGUAUCAGGUUUGUACCUAACGCUAAUAUCCCAUCAUGGUUAGCAAUACAGAAAUGGGUUGGAAAAACUCAUUGUUUUUGUGUUUGUGCUGUUUAUAUUUAACCAUUCCAAUCUCAUGGUAACAUUUGUAGGUUGUAAAUAUGUAUUGCAUAGUACUGUGACAUGAUGUUGGCAAUCCUAUCACAGAACUUUUGCUUGUCAUCAAAAUAUAAAAGAGAGCACCUUGGAGCCACAUUACACUUACCACAAAUUAAUAAAUUUGUGAAAUUUAAAUAAAUCAAAAAUGUUGCCAUAUGUUUAACAUAGUGUGUUGGUAGUCUUACCUGUAAUUAAUAUUUAACCAUUGAAUUAUUUUUGAUUUUGUAAACCACCUUUUUCAUUGUAUGAUGUGUGUGAAUAUAAAUGAGAGAGAGGAAAUUAUCAAGUUAAAAAAUACAACUAAAAUUGGACCUGAAAGCAAAGCUAAGUUUGAGAAUUUUUCUAACUUCACUAUUUUAGUCUAAAAUUCCUGAUUUAUUUUUUUAACUUUCGUGACGUAGAGUUACAAUUUUAAUAAAGACAGGAGGCAAGUAUUAUGCUUUAACUUUCCUUAAUACUCUUAUAGCAGCAAAUAUGAAAAACUUCUUGAAAUAAUGAUUUAACAAUAGAACAAUUUGAAAUGCUAUGAACAUACCUGCUGUUAACAUAUCAACCAUUCACAGCCAAGUCCAGUCUAAGGCUCCCACAAUCCUUUAAUUCUAUAAAUUGGAGAGGUUGUAAAUGAAAUGUCUUCCCUCUGGGUUAACCUCUUAGCAGUGUAAGUCUCACUUUUGAUAACUGCAGUUUAAACAUACUGCUUCACAUUUUAUUUCAUCUGCAGACUGCGAUCAGUGAGAACUACCAGACUAUGUCGGACACUACAUUCAAAGCCUUACGUCGGCAGCUGCCAGUUACACGUACGAAGAUUGACUGGAACAAGAUUCUUAGUUACAAAAUCGGAAAAGAAAUGCAGAACGCCUAA